AUGGUCAGGAAAGCCCAGGAAGCUCUGGCGGUCAUGAAUCCAGGACGACUUGCGAACCCCCAGUGGAACGAGUAUAAGUUCAAGUCCGACGCUGCACCGCGGGAUGGCGAGAUGGCGCCAGCCCUGGACUAUGAGAGCGGUGCGAUGGCGGCAGACGCUUCCCUCCACGCCAGGCUGAAUGCAACCAAGCGAAGCAGCGAAGAAGGUGAUCAGAAAUAUACGUAUACAAUCCCCCCGGAGCUGGUCGAAGCGGCGCGCUUGGUAGCCGAGGCCUCCCCUCAGCCCCUCCCUACGGACUAUGGCGUCGAUAUCGCGGCCAUCGUCGCCCAGUACCGACCUUACAAGAACAAUGAUACCAACGUGCCCAAACAGAAACACCAGCGGCCGAAUGGCCUUGACGGUAGUUAUAUCCCCAGUGUCCCCUCAGGGGAUGACUCCCCGGAGAAGCCGCACGUUGAGCUGCGAAAGCGCUCCUCGGCCGGUAACGAAUUCUGGCUCACAGCCAUGGGCGAUACCGGAUCCAGUCCCUUUGCACCGGAAGGCUAUAAGGCGAGUACUAAUGGGGGCGUGGAAGGUGAUGGGAUCACCGACGACACUGCGGCUAUCAAUAAGGCCAUCUCGGACGGAAACCGGUGUGGAGUGAACUGUGGCUCCAGCACCAUCUAUCCUGCCUUUGUCUAUUUCCCCUCGGGGACGUAUCUGGUUAGCUCGCCCAUUAUUCAGUACUACAAUACCGAGUUUUAUGGAAACCCUUUUGAUUAUCCCACCAUCCUGGCAGCGUCCAGUUUCGUGGGUCUGGGAGUGAUCACGUCGGAUGUUUAUAUCGGCGACGAUACGGAGUGGUACGUCAACCAGAACAAUUUCCUGAGAUCGAUUCGGAAUUUCCGAAUGGAUAUUACUCGGACCGAUCCCAAUGCAUAUGUCUGUGCCAUUCACUGGCAGGUCGCCCAAGGGACGUCCCUGGAAAACAUCGAGUUUUAUAUGAUGCAAGACGGGGUCACCACACAGCAGGGAAUUUACAUGGAGAACGGCAGCGGAGGAUUUCUCACGAACUUAACCUUUGUGGGUGGCAACUUUGGGGCAUACUUUGGGAAUCAGCAAUUCACCACAACCCAUAUGACGUUCUUGAACUGCAAGACUGCCUUGCAGGUACACUGGGACUGGGCUUGGACGAUGCAAGACAUUUUCAUUGACAACUGUACCAACGGUGUUGUGAUAGUCGGUGGGGCCGGAGGCCCAAAAAGCACGGGACAAUCUGUUGGUUCCUUGAUUCUGGUCGAUGCUGUGAUCACAAACACCCAGACAGGCAUCGUGACUACUCUCCAGUCCGAGAACUCAACUUCCUUCCUGCUCCAAAAUGCGGCCUUUCUCAACGUGGAGGUUGCCAUCCGAGACACCGCGCAGGACCAGACGCUGAUGGCUGGCGGCUACUAUAAGAAGGUGGUUUCCUGGGGCUUCGGAAGGGUUGCGACCUCCAGCACCAACAGCACGUUCUACAACGGCCAGGACAUUCCCAGCAUGACCCGCAGUGCCGCUUUGACGGAUACUUACAGUUAUGUCAUUCCGAAUAUCUUCAUCCGAGACCGCCCUACCUACAGGGACAUUGGUAUGAGUCAAGUGAUCAACGUCAAAGCCUGGGGCGCAGCGGGGGACGGCAAAACCGAUGAUACGGCGGUCUUGAACAGUAUCCUGGAUCGGGCGGCGAAUAUGUCCUCAAUUGUCUUCUUCCCCUACGGAGUCUAUGUCAUCACGGACACGCUGCAUGUUCCUAUCAACUCGCGCAUUAUAGGCCAAGUGUGGUCUCAGAUCAUGGCCACGGGACCCAAGUUCCAAGAUGAACGAAGCCCACGCGUUGCGGUACAAGUGGGGCGUCCUGGCGAUAAAGGCAUCGUCGAGAUCCAAAGCUUGAUGUUCACUGUCGCUGGACCGACGGCUGGAGUGGUGCUGGUGGAAUGGAACGUUCGUCAAACUCUCCAAGGCUCGACAGGCAUGUGGGAUUCUCAUUUCCGAGUUGGCGGAGCAAUUGGCUCAGACUUGCAAGCCAGUCAAUGCCCGAAAGGGUUGGGGUUCGCGAACCCUGGCUGUGUAGCAGCAUCAUUGAUGCUCCAUCUCACGCCUCAGUCCUCGGCGUAUCUGUCGAACAUUUGGCUCUGGACGGCGGAUCAUGACUUGGACGUUCAGACGCAAGAUCAGAUUGAUGUGUAUUCUGCACGCGGGGUGCUUAUUGAGAGUCAGGGUCCUACCUGGCUCUACGGAACUGCCUCCGAACACAACGUGCUGUACCAAUAUCAAGUUUCUCAGGCAAAAGACCUCUACCUGGGCAUGAUCCAAACCGAGUCCCCAUACUUCCAGUACAUUCCUCCUGCACCGAGUCCUUUCACCCCCGGGCUGUUUCCCAACGACCCUACCUUUUCGGACUGCAUCGCGGGCUCCUCGCUAUGUCCCGUAUCUUGGGCGCUCAGGAUUCUCGAUUCGUCGUCCAUCUACUCCAUGGGCGCAGGCCUUUAUAGUUGGUUUUCCGCGUACAGCCAGAGUUGUCUGGACACCGGCGAUUGCCAGCAACGAGCAGUGGAGAUCGAAGAGAGUACGGAUACAUGGGUGUAUAACAUCGUGACGAAGGGGAUAGUGGAGAUGGUCAGCGCCCACAACGAGAUCCCGACCAAAGCCCCCGACAAUGUGAAUGGGUUCAUGUCGUCCAUCCUCGCCUGGGUCCGUGAGGGAAAUGCCACGAUUGGGGCGAGAAAGUUCCCCGGAUUCCAGCUGUAUGAGCCUGCCUGGCUGGACGGGCUCACCGACACGUGCAAGACCGCCUUAUCGCAGAAGAUCUUCUGUCACCCCUGGCUGCAGGCGAGCUACCAAAACCCGGGAAUCGGUCAGUACAUUGAGAACAGCACGAUGGCCGAUGACGUCUGUGACCAUGGCUGCAGCACGUCUCUCCAAAGCUGGAUGGACAACGUCUCCAGCAACUGCGCGGACCAGACGAUCGACGAUACCGACCCCACGGCGGCCGGCGGCUACCUGUACGCGGGCUACAAUCUGACUUGUCUCCGGGAUCUUUCGACAGGGGAAUACUGCCCGGAUGUCCUCACACACUUCACCUUGGUGGACAGCGUCGCGGCCAUGCCCUCCGCGGAGAUGUGCUCUUACUGCUUCACAACCUCCCUCCAGAUGCGCCAGACCAGCCCAUAUGCGGCCUAUACGGAAGAUGACAAGGACGGGCUCGAGCUCGUCCACCAGCAAUGCGGUCUCUCGGGAGCCACCGAGCUCCAUGACCCUCUGUGGACGACGACGACGACGACGGAGGAAGCCGAGCCGCCGUUCUGCGCCUCCGGUGUCACGCACAUCACGGUGGAAGGCGACACAUGCGACAGCCUGGCCACACAAUACUCGGUCGCCUCGGCGGCCAUCCAGAUCGGGAACCCAGCCCUCGUCAACGACUGCCGCGAGCUGAUCGCCGGCCGCGAGCUGUGCAUCCCCUUCAGCUGUGACACCCUCUACACCCUCCAGGAUGACGACACCUGCUACUCGAUCUUCCGGGCCCAACAGUCUCUCCUCCAAUCCGGCGACGUGCGCAAGUACAACCCCUGGAUCAACGGCAAGUGCACCAACCUCCAAAGCACCCGCUGGAUCCACGGCAGCGUCAUUUGCCUCUCCCCCCAGGGCGGCAGCCACAACGCCACCGGCAGCGCAUCUCUCGCCCCCGGGAUCAGCAACGGUUACACCCAGGCCCUCACAUAUGCGCCGGCGGGAGCGACCGUGGCCAAUGGCACAACCUGCUACUGUGGGAAAUGGUACACCGCCCAGGAGGGGGACACCUGCGCAGCCAUCUGCGUCAAGCAGGCCAUCCCGGCCAGCCUCUUCCAGGCAUCCAACCCCUCGCUGUCCGGCGGCGGCGGCGGUGAUUGUGAUGGGAAUUUGAAGACGGGGGUGACGUAUUGCGUGGGACCGGACUCCCAUUGGGAUGACCCGGACUUCUGGGGUACAGAUCAAACUUGCUAA